GGAAAGAUUGUAUAUUGCAUUGAUGGUAAGGAUCUUGCUCAAGGUAAUUGGAUGACAUUUGUGAAUUGUGCAAGAUUUGAAGAAGAACAAAAUAUAAUUGCAUAUCAAUAUAAUGGAGAAAUUUACUACCGAGUUUAUAAAGAGAUUGAAGCCGAUAAAGAAUUGCUUGUUUGGUAUGGAGAUGAGUAUGCUGAACAGUUGGGAAUAUCGUUGUUUGAUGAGGAAGAUAAUGACAAGCAUCAGUUUGAAGUUGGAGGUCACAGCUGUAGACACUGUGGAAGGAUGUAUACUUAUCCCGAUUAUUUAGAAAAACAUUUAAAACGAUGUCCAAUGCUUGUUUGUACGAAUCCCUGGGAAUGUCCACGUUGUGGUCGAAAGUACAGUAGUGAAGACUAUCUAAAUGUUCACAUGAAAAAUGAAUGCGGAAAAAAUCCACGAUUAAAACGACAUGUGAGGGUUCAAACAGGAGAGAAACCUUAUCAUUGCAAACAUUGUGGUAAAAUAUUUAGACAGCUUUCUAAAUUGAAUAAACAUGUUAGGAUACAUACUGGAGACAAACCUUACCAAUGUGAAAAUUGUGGUAAAAGAUUUACACAGCUUGGUACCUUAAAACGUCAUGGUAUGAUACAUACAGGAGAGAAACCUUAUAAAUGUGAACAUUGUGGUAAAACAUUUUCACAGAAUUGUGAUUUGAAUAAACACCUUAGGAUACAUACAGGAGAGAAACCUUAUGAAUGUGAACAUUGUGGUAAAACAUUUUCACAGAAUUGUGAUUUGAAUAAACACCUUAGGAUACAUACAGGAGAGAAACCUUAUCAAUGUCAACACUGUGGUAAAACAUUUACACAGCUUUGUAACUUAAAAAGUCACGUAAUGAUACAUACUGGAGAGAAACCUUAUCAAUGUGAACAUUGUGGUAAAACAUUUACCCACAAUAGUGCCUUGAAUAGACACGUUAGGAUACAUACAGGAGAGAAACCUUAUGAAUGUGAAGAUUGUGGUAAAACAUUUUCACAGAAUUGUGAUUUGAAUAAACACCUUAGGAUACAUACAGGAGAGAAACCAUACCAAUGUGAACAUUGUGGUAAAACAUUUACAGAGCAUGGUAACUUAAAACGUCACAUAAAGAUACAUACAGGAGAGAAACCCUAUCAAUGUGAACACUGUGGUAAAAGAUUCGCAACGCGUGGUAGCUUGAUUCGACACGUAAAGAUUCAUGCUGGUAAGAAAACUUUAUAAUGUGGAUAGAUAUUUACAAGGAUUGAUUCACAGUAACGUUUACAAGAAGAGGAGGAGUGGGGCUUAACUUUUAUAACCGAAAAAACGUUAUACAAGUUAUCUUUACGGUUAAAUUUUGGGUUAAGGUUAUGUUGAGGGUUAGGGUUGAAAAAAUUUUUAUAAAUUUUC